AUGCCAAAAUGCUUCCACCGUUUUACUAUUUUUGAUCGCUACGAUAGCGACAACGAACGCUCAUCUGCACUCAAAGUCCCGCAUAUUUCAACCUCAAACCCUUACCAACAACCCCCUUCCCCUUCGACAGGCCCCUUUCGUCAGCACACACAUAGGACAACAUCCUCAGCAAUGUCAGGCGCCGACUCUUCGUACUCUAGGGAUGUCGUCAUGCAUAGUCAAAGAGGUGCACCCCUUCGCAACCAAGACCUCCGUCUCAGAAAGCAGCCAGCUGAGCCUAUGCAUCCUGACCAUAAUGUGGCUCUCGUUGAUAGCAGACGUCUCGCAUCAGCGCAACACCGCGCAGGUGCUACUCAGAAAGGAGGCCGCUCUUCUGGCUCCAGAAAGUGCAAUAACUGUGGCGUCUCCCAGACACGACAGUGGGUUCGAGGCGAAGAUCAAGUCUGGUUGUGUCACAGCUGCGGACAGUUUUGGAGAAAAAACGGGUAUUCUAGACCAGAAGAACUAUGGAACCGUCCGAUGUUCCGAAGGUCUUCCAGAAAGAGAAGAGUCAAUACCCCAUCUCAAGAUCAAGAGAAGAAGUCAAAGCCAGCGAAAGGUGCUCGCGAAGCGUCUUCCAGUUACAUGAAUGGGAAGAAAAUGGUGGAGUGUGGAGAACGACUGCCACCGAUUCAAAAGUCGAAGAACUCUUCCCCAGACAGUAGAUAUGACCCUGUGAAUGAUCACAGUUCCGCAAACCUCCGACUGGAUGGAGGCCACCGCUUGCACACAUCGAGAAAGACCGGGGGCGGUGCACCAAUCUCUAACAUGAUUCAUGUGGAACCUAUGCUUCCGCCAGUCUCCCAGCUGCUCAAGAAGAAUUCUGCUCCAAAGGAGAGACGACAGUAAGACCUCUGCACUUGACAGAGUUCUUAUGGUCAUGGUCUAUCCGCAUUGGGAACCCUCAAAUGGUGAUCAAAAUUGUCUGCAUGUCCAACAGAACGGCAGUGAAGUCACGGACAGGAAGAGAAGUAAGUGUUACUGAGCUUAGCCAGAGCCCGUCAGGUUAUGCAUGUGAUUUAGAGUGAAGCGACCAAUGACGCAACAACUCUUUCCGAGCACAAAAGAUUCAGGACACGACAGCUAUGGUGUUCAACUGUAUCGUAAAACCUACAACAUUUGGGAAGUAUUUUAUUUGAGCCGUAGUCUGGGGCAGUGAGGACAUGGCAGGAACCACCAGGCCAGGAUGACAUGGCCUACGUUCUACGUCCAGUGUUUCUGACGAAUUUUCAUGAUGUUAUCGCUGUAGUGCUUAAAGCAUGGCAGUUAGUUUCCGAAGAAGCGCGGCAUGGCGGGGCGUCCGUAGCUUUUUAAGGAAGGUUUUAGUUUCGUGUACUUUCGCGGAUUCAUUUCCGCACUUGGCGGUACAAAGGGAACGCUUCAUUGCGUUGCGUAGAUCUUCUCAUGCGGAAGGGUGUACGCAGUACUAACACUCAAGCUCAAUUCUGAAAGCAUGUAGAUAGAAGUCUGGUAAACAAGCCCAUCAUUUACACAUGCCACCACGUCUGAGGGAAGAAAUGUGUGAAGACAGUCGUAACAUUAUACAGU